CACAGAGACCUGCGGACCUGAGAGAGAACCGCAGGACACACAGGACCUGAGGGAGCAGGCUGCCCGGCACCAGGGAGCGGUUAGGGGUGCAGUGCCUUGCUCAAGGGCCCAUGAGGUGGACUGCCAAAAAAACACGUGUGCUGUCGUCAAACAUCAGACAGAUUUAAUGUGUGUGCAGCAGUGUUUCCUCUGAGGAUAUUAUGGGAUGUUUCUGUCAUCAGUUAAACCUGUAACAGGAAGUGGAAGGUAUAUCAAUAUUAUAAAUAAAGAUAACCUCCCGAGGUGACGCCGGAUUUAAACUGCGGGUCGAGAGGAGGCUGACAGGCGUCUCCAUGGAAACAGGGAGGAGGCGGAGGAAGAGGUAUAUGCCUGUUACCAUGGCAACCGUGAGGAGGAGGAUCGACAUGGCAACCGUGUUCCAUCUCCACCUCGAUCGUCUUAGAAACGUCUCGGAAACGACUGCUUACAUCGGCUCUCAUCCUUCGGUCCCAUCGUAACUCAGAGUGGUGUGUGUGGGUGUGUGUGUGUGUGUGUGUGUGUGUGUGUGUGUGUGUGUGUGUGUGUGUGUGUGUGUGUGUGUGUGUGUGUGUGUGUGUGUGUGUGUGUGUGUGUGUGUGUGUGUGUUAAUUUUGUAUAUAUUCCCAGAGGAGACGAAGUGUUUGCCGUUAGCCUGGAUGCUAACUGUGUUCUGCAGAUUUCUUUGAAAGCGUCUCGUGUGUUUCCUGCUGCUCGCUGGAUGUUGGUCACACUUCUAUAUUUGUCUGCAGCCUCCUGAUUCAUCUCGUGUGGAACUCAGUCUUGAUGUUGUAUCAGGUCCUGGACAUGAAUCAGAGGCCGAUGAUGAUGAUGAUGUCCGAGAACACGGAACAGGGCGAGGAUGUUGGCCUGCUGCCCCCCCAUGAGGUGGAUCCCCCCAGGGAGGAGGACACACACUGCCCCCUGCCCUUCAGGUUGCAGCUGAUCGACGACCUGACCUACGAAGACGUGAAGAAAUGUUACAGAGGAUCAACUGUCAGCAAGUACAACUCUCAGUACCACAAACUGUUCCAGACCGUCCCCAAAGAGGAGAUCCUCAUGAAAGAUGUCCCUCACCUGUGUACCCUGCAGUGUACUCCUGUGCGUUGUUGCGGGACAUCCUGCUGCAGGGUCGUCUCUACAUCUCCAGGAACUGGCUGUGUUUCUACGCUAACCUGUUUGGGAAGGACAUCAAGGUGUGUAUCCCGGUGGUGUCGGUGCGUUUGGUGAAGAAACACAAGACAGCCGGCCUGGUGCCCAAUGGCCUGGCUAUCACCAUGGAUACGGCUCAGAAGUACGUGUUUGUGUCGCUGCUGUCCAGAGACAGCGUGUAUGACGUCCUGCGGAGGAUCUGCACUCACCUGCAGGUGAACGGGAAGAGUCUGAGUCUGAAGCAAUACCUGGAGGAGCCCAGCUCUCUGUCCAUGUCUGUGUCCUGUCUUCAGGACGAGUUUCCGGAGGUGUUGAAGUGGAGGAGGAAGCCGUCUCUUCCCGCCGUCUCCUCCUCGCUGCCCGACCUGUUGGGAAACUCCUCCCCCAGCCUCGUCGCAGACACACCCUUCAGCACACACACACUCACAGUUUCAUGCAGACGUUGGAUGUCUCCCUGUGUUUCUGCAGACAGCAGUUUGGAAACAGAGAAGAUCCUGCUGACAGAACCAGUACCUGAACUGGGUCAGACAGAGUACCAGCUGCUGAAGCUCUUCGUCCUGCUGGUCUUCCUGCUGGUUCUGUCCUCCUGCUACCUGGCCUUCAGAGUCUGUCGUCUGGAGCAACAGCUGAGCUUCCUAAGCAGCCAGACGACCCUGAGAGAGAGGUGUGGAGAGCUGCCCUGCUGGCUGGCCAAUCAGAAGACAGGAACCUGACACUGCAGCCAAUAAGAGAAGAAGAAGACGAAGAAGAAAAGACAGACCGUCCAUCAGAGGGCGACGCUGAGCAAAGACUGUACCUGCCGCCGCGACCUGGCUACCAUAGUAACGUCACAUAGAGGUCCCGAGGAAUCAGGGACAACGAGACGCUGUAACAUAACAGAUGUAGAGUUUUAAUGUGAAGGUGUGUGUGUGUGUGUGUGUGUGUGUGUGUGUGUGUGUGUGUGUGUGUGUGUGUGUGUGUGUGUGUGUGUGUGUGUGUGUGUGUGUGUGUGUGUGUGUGUGUGUGUGUGUGUGUGAAAACAGCUGUAUAAUUUAUUAUGAAUGAUGUUUGUUUCUCAGAAAUGACAGAUUGGUUUAAGAAACUACAUUUCCCAUGAGCCUCAGCUGCUGUCACUAAGGAUUUAAGUCAGAGGUGCUAAUUCCAAACACAUCAUCCAAAAGUGAAUUCAUUUAAUAUGCAGACUGUAACAUCAGUGAGAAGUUUAACUUCUGUUAAAUAUUUAAAGCUUUGUGAUUGGAUGGUUUUAUCUGAAAUGCACCCUGGGAGUCGUAGUUCUCUCAUCAGGUUACAGUCUACAAGCUUCUUUUACCUUUUACUUUUCGUCAGUUCACAGAAACCUUCAGAGAUGUCCUUGUUGUUAAUUGACAUGAAACACUUAAAGUGAAAUCUACUGCAAGCCAACUACUACUCCCAAGAUGCAUUUCACCAUCAAAUAUCCAAUCACAGAGCUUUGAUUUCUCUGUUUAACGUGCGCUGAAGAUGUCACUGAUUUCACAAUCAGCAGAAAAUGAACCGGAGAUUUCUAUCUGAUAUUCCUAAUCAGUAUAAUUAAAGUUAUCCAGGACACUCCAGUGCUGCAACGUUUUUAUUAAAAGCCAGAUUCUUUUAAAGCCAACAAAGUGCCAGAAACAAGAACUUCAUCUGUACAAAAAUCAACACGUUUCAAACUGCAGUCUAAUCACAAAGUGUUGUUGUGGAGAAACCACUUCCUGCUGAAGUUACUGCUACUGAAAUAAAGAAAAUCUACUUCCCUUGAAUGUGAAAUUUACGGAAGAGGGUCACGGUCACAUGAAGACAAAUGUCAUUAUUUUUUUCAGAAUUCAACUUUUCAUUUAAUCAGAUUUUAAACUCGGAAUUCUGAGAAAAUUAAAUUCAGUUUUCAGAUAAUUCACUUUUUUCAGAAUUCAAACUUUUUGUAUAAAAAUGUAUAAAAUGUUGUUUCUCACAACUCUGAGAAAGAAAUAGAAAGUCUGACUUCAUUUAAAUUAUUAUAAACUUUUUCCUCUGAAAUUUUAAGAAAUAAAUAAAGUUGGAUUUCAGAUUUUUUUCUCAGAUUUCUGACACCCCUCCACCCCCCCACCCCCUCCAUCCCUCC